CCAACAGAGCAGAGCCGAGCAGAUCAGAACAGAUCCGGUGAUUAAGUGGAGAAAUGGGGCUUGUAACACGAUUUGGAUUCCCCGUUUGGAUGGUGGUCGUGGGGCUGGGGCUGGUUGCAUGGCGAUCGGAUGCGGCGCAAGGGAUGGCCCCGCGGACCCGCUACGAGCCGAAUUGGGCCAGUCUGGACCAGCGGCCCCUGCCCCGUUGGUAUGAUGAGGCCAAAGUGGGCAUUUUUUUGCACUACGGCGUAUAUUCGGUGCCGAGCUUCGGCUCCGAAUGGUUCUGGCAUAAUUGGUUAAAUCUGCGCACACCGGAGUACAUACAAUUCAUGCAGCGCAAUUACAAGCCGGACUUCACUUAUCAGGAAUUCGCAGACGAAUUCACAGCGGAGCUAUUCAAUGCCACACAAUGGGCGUUGCUGUUCAAAGAUAGCGGAGCCAGAUACGUUGUGCUCACCAGCAAGCAUCACGAUGGCUUCACCCUGUGGCCCUCGAAGCACAGCUUCAGCUGGAACUCCAUGGAUGUGGGCCCCAAGCGCGAUAUAGUCAAGGAACUUGCGGCGGCCGUUCGCGGUGUUUCGGAUCUGAAGUUCGGCCUGUACUAUUCCCUCUUCGAGUGGUUCAACCGCCUGUGGAUCGACGACAAGUUGCAUCUCUUGAUGCAGCAGCAUUUCGUGGACCAGAAGGUGCGGCCCGAGCAGUUGGAUCUGGUGCAGGAGUAUCUGCCGGAGAUCAUUUGGUCCGACGGCGACUGGGAGGCCCCGGCCAAAUACUGGAAGUCCGAGCAGUUCAUUGCCUGGCUCUACAACGACAGUCCCGUGCGGGACACAGUCGUGACAAACGAUCGCUGGGGGAUGGGCACGGCCUGCAAGCACGGAGACUUCUACAACUGCGCGGAUCGGUUCAAUCCGGGCGUGCUGCAGUCCCACAAAUGGGAGAAUGCCUUCACCCUGGAGCGCAGCAGCUGGGGCCAACGCUUCGACGUCAGUCUGUCCAACUUCAUGAGCACCAAGGAUCUUAUAAAGGAGAUCGUCACCACUGUGAGCUGCAACGGCAACGUCCUGAUCAACGUGGGACCCACCAAAUAUGGCACCAUCCUGCCGAUAUUUGAGGAGCGCCUGCGCGACAUGGGUCGCUGGCUAAAGAUCAACGGCGAGGGCAUCUAUGGCAGCGUGCCAUGGAUCUACCAGAACGACACCGAGACGCCAAACGUGUGGUACACCCGUGGCCAGCAGGCUGAGUCCAAUAGCAGCAUCGCCAUCUACGCCUUUGUACUGGACUAUCCGUACGACACCAACGAAUUGGACAUCCAUCCGCUGGGCAAGGAGGUCACCAUAUCCCGGAAUGUCCACUUAACCGGCCUCGACUUUGGCACUAACGGGGAGGUCCUGACCAAACAGACCACCAAAGUUGUCAUGCUGGGCAUGGGGAACACCAAAGUUCAGUGGACCUCGAGCCAUAACAAGCUGCACAUCAAGUUUCCCCCGAAGAACCACAUGGAUAAGCGGGGCCUUGACUACGCCUGGACAUUGAAGAUAACCAUAACAUAAGCUUAAAGAACGAUCUGUAAGAUGACACUUUGUUUUUAAUUUGAUAUGUAUUUUAGCUCGAUCAGCAUUAACCGAAUAAACAACCUUGGGACUUGUUUGUUUUCCUCUAUGAA